AACGUCAUUCGUGACGUAAUAAAAGUCGAAAGCGGCGACCGCUCUUCCGCGCUUCUAUCUGGGUCAGUUCUACCCGGUUUUCUUUCUUUUCGUUUUCCUUGCUUUCUCCCUGUCGUGAACGAUGGAGGAUUUCGAAGUGCCUGCGGAAUAUCGGCACUUGAUGCCACUAUCUGAAUGGGAAAUUCGAACUCUGCAGAGGUGCAAAAUAAUGAACUGUACGCCGUAUGGCGAUACGCCUUACAUGACGCCAGGCGCAAACUUAGCUGGCGUCGUCGGUAACCAUGUGGCAGCCAAGAGAAAGCGACGGGACAGCUCGGAUGAUUGGUGCACAUGUGGAGUGUGCCGAUCAAUGCAAACGCGGCGCGAGGACGUCUGCUGCCGCAACGUGCCAGCAGCUGUCGAAAAGAAGCCGGAGGGCUGUGUCACGACGGCGUCGGAGUUCCAAGCGUCGUGCUUGACCGACGUCGUUAUACGGCUAGCCCUCCAAUCACUUGAAAAUCAGGGUGUGUUCAUGAACACGCCGCUUCACGAGAGGUACCGCUAUGUUGCCUACCGGCAGUGUGCAUCCUGGCUCUGGGGGCACCUUGGCGAAGGGAACCGUCAUGUGCUGCCAUCAUGUGUUGUGUGGGCAAUUCGGGAAAAGUUCCCUUCAACGUACUACACUGGAUUUAGACCUACACUGUAGAGAUAAAAUUGAUGUACCGUAACUAUUUUCAAUACAUACUUUUGUGGA